CCCCCUUUUACGUCAACCGAGUGCUCACGUGCUCCUCUGUUAUCGAGCAAUGCAUUGUGGGGCAUCAAAAUGGAUCCGUCCGUCGGAAAUGUUCUCGUCGUGUCGGGGGUCGCUGCUUCACAGUAGUGAGUAUUUUUGAACGUCUUCAUACACUCGUUUGUAAAAAACAAAAACAAAACAUGGGGCUCGUGCCGUUUACCCGCGGAGUGUUUACGUGUCUCGGUGUCCACGCGAGAAAACGCGCCGGUCUGCCCGCCGCAGCAGCCUGUUGUUUAUGGAGCAACAACAACAACAAGUACAGCCAGAGCGCGGACAGCCAUGACCUGGCGAAGCUCGUGUGCUACCCGCUCCCGCACAGGGCCCUCCUGAAGAUCCACGGGACGGACACCAGCCCGUUCCUGCAGGGGCUCAUCACGAACGACAUGGGGCUGCUGGAAGAGCCGGGACAGGCAGCCGCCAUGUACGCCCACAUGCUGAAUGUGCAAGGAAGGACGCUGUAUGACGUCAUGCUGUACAGAAUGAAAGAAGCUGAAGGACUGGGUGUUUUCCUGGAGUGUGACACAACAGUUCACGACUCGGUUUUAAGACAUUUGAGAGUUUAUAAGAUAAGGAGAAAGGUCAGCAUUAGUCCCUGUCCAGAGCUCUCUGUGUGGGCCGUGCUUUCCCUGCAAAACCGUCCCGACCAGGAGGCCGGUCAACCUGAACUCUCUGCCCCUGAGAAAGCUCUGGUAUGGGAGGCUGAUCCCCGAACUUCUCAGAUGGGUUGGAGACUGGUGUUACAGAGGGAAACAGACCCCUUGGAUCUCAUUGUACCUUGUGAAAAGGGCGACACAGAGGAGUACCAGAAACAUCGCUAUAGAAUAGGCGUUCCUGAGGGAGUGAAAGACCUUCCUCCUGGAGUGGCACUACCACUGGAGUCGAACCUCGUCUUCAUGCAGGGCAUCAGCUUUAGCAAAGGCUGUUACAUCGGCCAAGAGCUCACAGCCAGAACGCAUCACACCGGUGUGGUACGGAAACGCCUCAUGCCAGUGCGGCUGUCAUCUCCGCCUAAAGGCCUUCAGGGGGAAACAUUACUCCAGACGCAGUCGGGUAAGGCGGCUGGGAAGCACCGCGCCGGGGUUGGAGAACUGGGUCUGAGCCUAAUCCGCACAGCUCACGCCAAAGAGAUGUUGACGCUCAAAUGUUCGGACGACAGCACCGUGACGCUUGAGGCCUCAGUGCCAGACUGGUGGCCCAAAGAUGUGAAAGUCAUUUGAGAGGGGGGGGGUUAUUGAAAUGUGACGUCCAUCACAUGUGACAGAUUCCUCAUUGACCGAAUCCUAAGGUUACACUGUUUUAUCUGCACUAGAGAAAGUUUUUCUUGUUAUUUGCAUUAUUUAUCAAACAGCUUUGCAGUUUCUGAGUUUGUGACAAACUUUAAAGUGAUUUUUUUCUUAUAUAAUAAAGUAAUAGUAACAAAAAAAA